UUCUUUUAUUAAACUGAAUUUAAAUAUCUUAUAUUCAUCCUUCCUAAUAACUCGUUAUUUUUCCAGGUAUUCGUCUGAGUCAUAAUCCACAUAUCCAAAUGAAUGAGGAAAAGGAUCAUCUAAAAACAAACCUGCUUUCCAGGAAGGUCCAGACACAUCAGAGGAUCUUUACAGUCAUUUCAACAGAAAGCUGAGCCAGAGACAAUGACCGCCGUAGAGAUGGAAGGAAAAGGUGACGGACAGCAGAUGAAAGACAAGACCAGUGACCUGUCCAGGCAGAUCGAUGAAGUGAAGGAGAUCAUGAAGAAAAAUUUGGAAGACCUCCUCCGCCGAGAAGAAAAUCUGAAUAACCUCAUGGAAGUGUCUGAGUAUCUGAAAGACAGGGCUUAUAAUUUCCGCCGUACAACUGAGAACGUGUCUCGCUCCUACUGGUGGAAGAACGUCAAGCGGAUGGCAGCCGUGGUCGUGAUCGUCCUCAUCGUCGUCGUCGCCAUCGUCCUGCUGGCCGUCGGGUUCAAUUGAGAAUGACCCUGAC